GAUGAAGGGCUGGGUGGUGGCAGUGGCGGCCUCACUGCUUUGGCAGCAACUGGGUCUGCUGCGGGGGACAAUGGGCAGGAAGGAAAGGAAGCGGCCCAGGGAGCCAGGCCAGGCCACCGAGCCCUUCAACGCCACCAUGUCCAACAGUGAAGAGUUGCCGGCCCGCCCCAAGCUCCCAGAGGCUACGGACCCGGAGAUGACCGACGCUCACAGGACCUGGCUCAACUUUGUCCGACGCCCGGACGACGGACAGGCCAAGAAGAAAUGCCGUGGGAAGGACAGGAAAUUACGCGGCCUCGCAGGCCCCCCGGGUCCUCCCGGCCCUCCGGGACCCCCCGGCCCCCCGGGAGGCGAAGUCACGGAGGAAGUGCUCCUCGCAGAGUUCAAGGAGAUGCUCAGAGAGGCCACCGCACGCCGCUCCGCCGUGGCCCCGGCCGUGCCCCCCAGUGAGCUGCCUCUACUGUUCCUGUCCCUGGAGGAGGCGGCUUCCCCGCCCCGGAGGGUGGAGGAGGGCUUCCACUGCCGUCUCAAGGGGCAGGUGGUGGUGGACAAGCGGACCCUCAUGGAGCUGCAGAACUUCCAGACGCCUUUGGCCAAAGGGGCUUUCCUCCGGGGGUCCGGCCUGAAUCUGGCCUCUGGCCGCUUCACAGCCCCAGUGUCCGGCAUCUAUCAGUUCUCAGCCAACGUGCACAUCGAUCAUAGUGAGCUGAAGAGCAGAGCGCAGCUGCGUGCCAGAGACAACGUCCGUGUGUUGAUCUGCAUCGAGUCACUCUGUCACCGAUACACGUCGCUGGAGGUGAUUGCAGGUCUGGAAAGCAACAGCAGGAUCUUCACAGUCUAUGUGCAUGGUUUGCUGCAGCUGCAGGCGGGACAGUACACUUCGAUCUUCGUGGACAACAGUGCUGGAGCCCCUGUCACCAUCCAGAAUGGCUCCGACUUUAUGGGUGUGCUAAUGGGCCUGUGACCGUGCCUGAGACUGACCGGACCCGGGGGAGACCGACCACACCCUGGACUGGGAACAGCGUCUCUCCCCCCCCCCACCCGGUGCCUGUCCACCCUGCGCCAGCUGGGCUGACUGUGGGGCUCCAGAGGGCCAGGAGUGGGCCUGGUUGUCCCUCUGUUUGGCCCCCUCUGCCUGGGCCCACCCCUGGCACCAGCUCUACUUCGUC